GAACAUUCGGCCGCUGAGGCUGGAGAACCGAGCCACAGUGGUGCUGAAGAGUGGCGCUGGUAGACGUGCUGGACGCGUCUGGCUUUUGACGACGGCAAGCUUGCAAAUAUCCAGAUAAAAUCCAGGAAAUUCAAACAGAUAUCAUUAUUACGGUCUAAAAUAAAGAUACGCACUCUUGUUUAUACCGUAACUUCACACAAUGGAGGAACCAUACGACGAAAUCAUGGAGGAGGUCGAGGUUGAGCUGCCGCCAGAGACGCUUCCGCUAUCAGAUGAUGAACAAAGGGUCCUAGAGCUAUACAGCAAACUACAGCAGCUGCAAUUGGAAAUCGCGAUAAUCAACGCGCAAUAUCGCCAUGAUAUACAUCCUACAACCAACGCUGAUUCACCCGAAGAGACGGAAAGGGCACAACAAGCGCUCUUAGACGCGCGAGCGCAGUACGCAGUGCUAAAUGACAUGGCUGAGUUUGUUAUGAUGGCCAAUCCCAUCAUCAAGGCUGUGCAUGACGGAAAAGAUAAAACACCCAUUGAGAGAGACCUGCUUCCUUACAUAGAACGCCGCGAUAAUGGGGCCAUCACCGCCGCCCAAGUCCACCAAGAAACAUGGGACCUUCGCUCCGACCUGACCCAGGUCCAAAGCGACACUAUCCAGGCCUGCCGGCGAAACAUGAAGCUCACAGCCGAGCUCUUCACUCUAGCAGAAGAGCUCAAAGAAAAGCGCGCCAUUCACGCCAAGAGUAAAACAACUAUUGCAGAACUACAAACACUGGAAGAUGAGCUCAAACAUAGCAAACAGCGCUGGAGGGCGAUGAAGGGCGUGGCAAGCGGCAUAGUGGCGGAGAGCGGCGUGGACUGGGUAUCAAACGACGAAUUACGAUAUGUUGUGCUGGAGCCUGAGGACGAAGACUAGAGUGGAUAGUUUGCUUCGGCCAAAGAAGAAGGAAAUAAAACUGUAUAUAUAUGGCUGAGCCCACCAUUCUGCUGUCCUCGUCAAAAGCAUAACCCAAGUAGUAGGUAGGGAGCUUCUAGCCAGUCAGGACCCGAGCCCUGCACCCCUAUUUCUAGCAGCUCCCGUCGGGUGCACGAUUCCAUCUAGAUUGCCGAGCACAACCAAAGACGACCACCAAAAGAAUCGUCAAAGCCACUGGAAACGUGGCACACGCCUAACAGGCGACGAUUCUUGCGUGUCGUAUGCACGGCGCCGGCAGUUAGGGGAGCUAUGACCACCACGCGGAAGCCAUCGGAGAUCAACACGUGACGGGGUGAAACCAGACCUGCUAGCUCGCUUUAGCACUCUGCAAAAACUGGUUGGAGGUUCCAUAUGGGGAAAUGGCAGCUUCGAUAUGGCCUCGAGAACUGGCCGAAUAUUUACAAUGUCGAUUCUACAGUAAUAGAGGAAAUAAAAGCACUGGCGGAAAGAGAAAAAUCAGACAAAUCGAAUGGAUAUUUUUUUAAUAGUCUUUGCUUCUAGGAUCACUAAGGAUUUGCGCACAUUGAGUUUCUUCACUACCGCGUCACGGCAGGCCUGCGCAAUAGGUGAGGGCGCGGUGGGCAGUAUAAUCGACAGCAGGCGCUGGCGCAGCACCAGGCAGGCAAUAGCGCAAAAAACGCUAAGCUGGGGGUAAAGGCUCCUCCGCGGCACUCACUUUUUGAUUGCGCUGGAGCAAAGGAAAUAAGGCUUACCUCUUUUCGGCGAGGGAAGAUAUGCGCCCAGGCCCUUGCUCCCUCAGCAGCAGGUUUGUUUUUGGUGCGGGUUGCGCUUGGGUGGGUGCGCCGUGGCACACAAGUACAGCACAGUACAAGGAGCAGCACAGUUUACAUGGCCACGCAAAACCUGUGUGUCGCGUACCCGCCUAAAGUCGCAGCGCUGUACCUCGACUAGGCCCCGUCCGCCAAAUGCCGCACCGCGUUUGGUGUACGCCCCCCCUAAGCCAAAACUUGCAGCGCAUCAGAGAGACACGCAUUUUGCUUUUGGGGUGGGCAAUUGGAAUGGCGUACUUUGUUCCUCGUUUGCAGGAGAGGGAGGCGGUUUCGCUUUUUUCCUGCUGGCGCCUAGCCUUUUCACGGGACGGGCGCAGACCGAGCCAGUGCCCUUCUGUAUUGCUGGCUUACACGCCGCCAGACCAGACCGGUGCAGCAGCAUUGAAGUAACCCAUGGCGGCGUUGCCGUGACUGUUUCUGCGCAAAAUAUGCCCUCAAGUCGUCCUGCAGUGCUACGUACAGCUUCACAACGAGGGAUAUCGGCCCCCUUCUUUUGGGGAAAAAGGGAGUCUGCGUCGUUGAGUCGACGGGAUAUCGGACUUGCCAGCAACCAUGGGCUGACGGCGGACUGGUAAAGCACGCAGGCUAGACUAGACCCAAGUGACGGGGCGAGUGAAUUGCAUGCCAGCGUGGGGAAAAUGCACCUAAACUCGCCUACCGCUUUGGGUGGCGCAUUGUUGCUGUGGACGGAAG